AGCGCCCUGCCCUCCCCGCUGCCUCUCCAGUUUCCCCUCAUCAUCAUUCGGGUGUCAUGGGUCUGACUCCCCCUUCGGCCGUGCGCGCUCUCUCAGGGACGACGUAAGCUCCUGCUGUAUAUCCAGGCAUCAGAUCAUUCCCGAUCACGUUUGAUCGUGACGCUGGAUAUAUUAACUGAACAUUGUUAUUAACGAUGACUCGAGCAGCUGUGCGCGUUCCCAGGCAACCCCCGUCAUGAACGCGCACUGAACGCGCUCACUCGCUCCGUUUCAUUUCUUCUAUCAGAGCCGGUCAGAGUUAUUGACUAUGGAGAGCUGAGCCUCAUUCAUUCAUACAGCGAAAACAGUAACUCAAAGGUCAAUCAGAGCAACCGGAAACCGAAAGGAUUUUAUUCACGCCACAUUCGUGGUUCUCGACAAGGCCUGGGCCAUGGGCGGAACCAAGAGUAAACCCAAAGAGCUCAGCCAGCGCUCCCAGAGUCUGGACGACGGCACCGGAGGACACCAUCACAGUCCCAACCAGUCGUCCUUCACACCCAACCGGAGUCCGCCGGGGGACGGCACCAGACCCGGUACCCAGCCCAACAUCAUCAACGCGGAGCAGGCGCUGUUUGGAGGCGUGAACUCAAACAACAGCAUCACAUCUCCUCACAGGAUCGGCACGCUUUCCGGCGGCGUGACCACGUUUGUGGCUUUGUAUGACUACGAGUCACGAACCGCCUCUGAUUUGUCAUUCAGGAAAGGAGAACGACUCCAGAUUGUCAAUAACACGAGAAAGUUGAACCCCAGGGAAGGCGACUGGUGGCUGGCUCGCUCCCUGACAACGGGAGAGAGUGGAUACAUUCCCAGCAAUUACGUGGCACCGUCUGAUUCCAUCCAGGCUGAAGAAUGGUACUUUGGAAAGAUUACUCGCAGGGACUCUGAGCGGCUCCUCUUGAGUCUGGAAAACAGGAGAGGAACUUUCCUGGUCAGAGAGAGUGAGACAACCAAAGGUGCCUACUGUCUUUCCGUUCUGGAUUAUGACAAUGUCAAGGGUCUAAAUGUCAAACAUUACAAGAUCAGGAAGCUGGACAGCGGGGGAUUUUACAUCACGUCACGAACACAGUUCAGUACUUUACAGCAGCUGGUCAACCACUACCGCCAGCAUGCAGACGGCCUGUGUCACUGUCUGACUGACGUGUGUCCCGUGCUGAAGCCUCAGACUCAGGGCCUGGCACGGGACGCCUGGGAGAUCCCACGGGACUCUCUGAGACUGGAUGUCAAACUGGGCCAGGGCUGUUUUGGGGAGGUCUGGAUGGGCACUUGGAACGGCACGACACGUGUGGCCAUCAAGACCCUGAAGCCUGGCACUAUGUCUCCUGAGGCCUUCCUGCAGGAAGCGCAGGUGAUGAAGAAACUCAGGCAUGAGAAGCUGGUGCAGCUUUACGCCGUCGUCUCGGAGGAGCCCAUUUACAUCGUCACUGAGUACAUGGGACAAGGAAGUCUGCUGGAUUUCCUGAAGGGUGACAUGGGGAAAAUGCUGCGGUUGCCUCAGCUUGUGGAUAUGGCCUCUCAGAUCGCCUCUGGAAUGGCCUACGUGGAAAGAAUGAACUAUGUGCACAGGGACCUCAGAGCGGCCAACAUCCUGGUGGGUGAUAACCUGGUGUGUAAAGUGGCUGACUUCGGCCUCGCUCGACUCAUAGAGGACAACGAAUACACGGCCAGACAGGGAGCCAAGUUUCCCAUCAAGUGGACUGCUCCAGAGGCGGCGCUUUACGGCCGCUUCACCAUUAAAUCUGACGUGUGGUCGUUUGGGGUCUUACUGACGGAGCUGGCGACCAAAGGCAGGGUGCCUUAUCCAGGUAUGGUGAACCGGGAGGUGCUGGACCAGGUGGAGCGCGGCUACAGGAUGCCCUGUCCCGCCGAGUGCCCCGAAUCCCUGCACGAGCUGAUGCUGACCUGCUGGCGCAAGGAGCCCGAGGAGCGGCCCACUUUUGAAUACCUCCAGAGCUUCCUGGAAGACUACUUCACCUCUACUGAACCACAGUACCAGCCAGGAGAGAACCUCUAGAGAAGCAGAUCCAGUCAAGUGUGAGAGCAGCGAAAAGGAUAUCAUUUCCCAGACUGGGAAAACGAACGCGGGAUGUUUGUGGCAUAACCCAAACAAUACUGAUCCACAUGGGACGUUAACGUCACAUCCAGCUAAAUCAGCCCAUUUAAAGCAACUUAUUGGGUUUUCACAUGGUUACAGCAUUAUAAUCGCAUGUUUCUCCACUUUCAUCAAACAGCAAGACAAGAUGCAUCUUUCCUGCAAAUAAAUUCAAUAACAAAUUGCUUCUUCAGGCGCCGCCGUUUCUGCUGAUAAUUGUCGCGAGGCUUUAUUUCCGAAGCUCUGCGGAUUGAUCCCUAGCUGUUUUCUUGACCUCGAUGUACCACCACUUCUCUCCUAAACCCUUUUAGCAGAUGCUCCAGAUCUGUCAUUCAUCCUCCUCGCACAAUCCCUCACUUCUUUCCUCUCCCAUCCCUUCACAAAACCCCAAAGUGUCAGCUCCAUUAGCUCUGGUGUUCGUCGUGAACCCUGCGACCCGUUCCCGUUAAUGUCUUCCAAUAAAUAUCCAGGGGCAGUAUCUGAACGUGGUAUUUUAUGCCUUUUAACGGUAGAAAUUAGCUUUUUGUCCCACUAUGCUUGUUUGUUUCUUUUGUAUCAACCUGGAUCAACUGGAAUAAGAACAGUUGAACACUGGUCACAUGAUUGGAAGUCGGUUCUGAAUUCUGAAAUGAUGGAAACGAAACAUUCUUCCUUUUGAUAUGGACUCAAAUAGAGAAUCGUUCAGAAUGUGGUUUCAUUUGAUACAAUUAUUCUACUCUCCUAGUAUUUGAAACAACUACUGAUAUAUAGCAUUGCUUUUGUUUAAAACAGAUAUGACUGUAUAGUCCUACUUUGUGUGCCAAUACAAAGGAAAAAAUGAAUUUUGUACUGUUUUAUUAUGUAUAAAAUGUAUUUUUAUUAAUGUUGUUUUUGUAACAAAGAGGAUGAGCAGGAUUUGUAAUUAGAAUUUAAAGGAAUAGUUCACCGGAAAAAAAGAACAUUUGUCAUUUUCUAACCCUCAUGUCAUGUUAAACACAAACGGAGAUGUUUAAAUGAAUGUUCAUGCUGCUCUUUACCAUAUACAGUACUUUUACAUUUAUUGCAUGAGAAAAACGUCCUCUAAAUAUCUCUUUUUGUAUCCCAUGAAAACGAUAACAGCGUUAAUGUUUGGAAUGACAUGAGGGUGAGUGAAUUAUGACAUCAUUUAAAUUUGUACACUGAAAGAAUGUUUUUUCCAUCUCUUAGUAUUUUUGUCUUGUUUUCCCAUUACAAAUAUCUCAACAUUCAUAAAUCAAGCAAGAGAGUUGUUUUCUGAAAUUUAAUGAUUCUAUGUUUAAAAAAAGAAAGAUAUCUGGCAACCCUUAAAAUUAGGUAUUUUCUUACCCAAUUGUCAGAUUUUUUUUCUCGCUUUAAGCAUAAACACACUUAAUUUUGAUCUUUUUUUUUUCAGAAAACAAACAUUUAAUCAUAAGUAUUUUACUUCUCAAUUUGAAUUUGGGAUAUUUGUACUGGAAAACAAGACAAAAGCACUGAGGAAGAAAAUCUACUUUUGUUGUGUCGGUGAACUAUUGCUUUUAUCACUCA